UCUCUAACUUUCCCUCAGUUGAAUAAUUAAACACUUCUGCUUGUUUCCAGUGGACGGGACUGGACAGGGCAUCUCCAUCUCUCUUUUUUUUGUCUUUCAAAUAAUAAUAAUGAUCUACCGUCUGAGAUGAGAGAAACAGAAUCUAUGCUAAUGCUCACCAUAUGUUCGAUGAAUGACCCAAAAGUCGACCCCACGGCACAAACAUCCAACCCAAUCCAAUCCAAUCCAAGCCAAGAACAAACAUAACAGUCUUAGACCAAGCCACAUCUCUCUCUUUCUCUCCAUCCAUGUAUUUAAUAUUUUAAAAAGUUUUAAGGAAACCCAUCUUCUCUUUCAGAAAAAUCAGACGCACCUUUAUAUAUUUAUAUUAUUUUAGUACACGUGUUUGUUUGUUUGUUUCUGUGUUUCUUGGCUUGUUCAAGGUUGCCGGCCAUGCCCACGCCGGUGGACUUGGUGAGGCAAUGCCUGACGGAGGCAGCCGCGCGUGUUUUAGACGACGCUGUGGCGGUGGCGCGUCGACGGAGUCAUGCUCAGACCACUUCGCUCCAUGUGGUCUCCGCUUUACUAGCUCCACCUUCGUCAACUCUACGCGACGCUUGUGCGCGUGCCAUGAGCAUCCCGUACAACUCGCGCUUGCAGUUUCGUGCGCUGGAGCUCGGCGUCGGGGUCGCACUCGACCGGCUGCAGAGUUCGAAAUCAGUGGAGCGGCCGCCUAUAUCGAACUCGCUGACGGCGGCAAUCAAACGGGGGCAAGCGAGCCAGCGGAGGAAUCCGGAGAAUUAUCACCUGCAAUUGAUACACUGUAACCAACAAUCAGCGUCUCUUUUGAAGGUGGAAUUGAAAUAUUUUAUUUUAUCUAUUCUAGACGAUCCUAUUGUUAAUCGUGUGUUUGGUGAAGCCGGUUUCCAAAGCUUUGAAAUAAAAAGAGCGAUACUUCAACCGCCUGUUGCACAAUUAUCUCCCAAAUUUCCGCGAACCCCUCGGUUUCUUUGUAAUUUAACGGACUCGGGAUUGGGACCGGACUCGGUCCGAGCUGGACUGAGCUUACCGCUUGGUUUUGCGGAUGUUGACGAGAGUUGUAGGAGAAUUGGUGAAGUUUUUGUGGAGAGACAUGAAAAAAAAGGGAGGAACCCCUUGCUUGUUGGUGUUUAUGCAAAUAAAGCUUUGAGAGGAUUUAUUGAAAAUGUAACUUCUAGGAAGCUGGGGGUUUUGCCUAAAGAAGUAUAUGGGAUGGAUGUGAUUUGUAUUGAGAGGGAGAUAAGGAAGUUUGUUCUUGAGAAGGGAAGUGAAGAGAUUAUUGCGUUAAGAUUUAAGGAAUUGGAAACUGCGGUGGAGCAAUGUUCAGGGCCUGGUGUUUUAGUGAAUUUUGGUGAACUAAAAGCUUUGGUUGGUGACAAUGUGUCAAGUGAGGCUGUCAAGUUCGUUGUUUCGAAAUUGACCAGUUUGUUGGAGAUGAAUAGUAGGAACUUAUGGUUGAUAGGAGCGGUGGCGAAUUAUGAAGCUUACUCAACGUUUUCAAAUGUAUUUCCAAGUAUAGAGAAGGAUUGGAAUCUGCAACUUUUGCCUAUUCACUUCAAAUCCAGCUUGAUGGGGUCCUUUGUUCCAUUUGGUGGAUUCUUUUCUUUGCCACUUGAGCCUAAAAGUCCAAUGAGAAGCAAGAAUCAAUAUAAUACUUCUUGUUACCUUUGCAAUGAGAAGUUUGAACAUGAAGUUGGUGCGCUUUUGAAGGGGCGAUCAAUUACUUCAGUUGCAGAUCGGUGCUCAGAAAAACUUUCUUCUUCAUUAGAAAUGGCAGAAUUUGACACCAGAAAGGGUGUUGAUAUGGUCAAGGCCAAGGAGGAUGGAACGGCAUUGCAUGCUGAAGUCCUGGAGCUACGAAAGAAAUGGAAUGAUAUUUGUCAACGUCUUCACCACACUCAAGUACUACCCAAAUUACGUACUCCCGAAACAAGGUCCCAAGUCCUAAAUUCCAGGGUCUUUAUCACAGACAUGAAGGAAAGCGGCAGUAAAGAUCCUACCUCAAAUGAAAAUCUGUGUGGUAAUCUAAAUCCCAUCAUGAACAUAGAUUUGCAAAAGGUAUUACCCCCAAUACCAAAGACUUUGAUAGCAUCAACUUCUCAAGCUGAGAUUAUAAAUUCCCAAUCCAGGGUACAGGUAAACUCUUAUAAAGAUCAGCAAUUAGAGAAUGAGAGCCAGCCACUUUCCCCUCAUAGCCCUCCAUCUUCAUCCCCACUUGCAGUAACCACAGAUUUGGGAUUAGGAACAAUCUAUUCUUCAACCAGGCGGGAGGCAGAAACUCCAGAAUUUAUAGAUCAGAGUCUUUCUCAUCCCAAAUCUCCUAAGUUUGAUGCAGUUCAUGAGGGUACCUACUUUGCCAAAUGUUGUUCUCACUCCAGCAGCUCCAUUACUAAGUUAGGAGAGCUACCACAUGAUGGCGAUGACAAGACGCUUAGAAAAAAACUUGCUGAAAAGGUUGGCAGGCAGGAUGAAGCCAUAAUUUCUAUUAGUCAAGCUGUAUCACGUUGUAGGAAUGGACGAGGACGGCAUCAGGGCUCAAGUGGUAGAGGAGACAUUUGGCUUAGUUUCCUUGGGCCUGACAGAGCUGGAAAGAAAAUAAUUGCUUCAACUCUUGCUGAGAUAAUAUUUGGUGACCAGGAAAACAUAAUUUGCAUGGAUUUUAGUUCCCAAGACAGGGGUAGCCAUUUGGAAUAUAUUUUUCAGUGCAAACAAUUGGAUGGUUGUGAUAUGGAGUUUCGGGGGCACUAUGUUGUUGAUUAUAUUGCUAAGGAGUUGAGUAAGAAACCAGAUUCAGUUGUCUUCCUCGAAAAUGUAGAGAAGGCUGAUCCUGUGACCCAAAAUGCAUUAUCCGAGGCUGUGAAAAUUGGUAAACUUCACAACUCAUUCAAGAGAGGAGUCAGCAUCAGCAAAGUGAUCUUUGUGACAACAACGACAAUCAUGAAAGGUAACAAUAGUGAAAUUUCAGAGAGGAAAGCCAGUAAAUUUUCUGAGGAAAUAAUUUUUGGAGCCAAGAAGUGGCAAAUGCAAAUGUCAAUUAGUUGCAGAAAAUCUUGGAAUAAAAGAAAGCUGAUUGACAUUGAUGACUCUGCAGCUGAGUUGCAGAAAACGGAUCACAAGUGGAUGAGAUCCAAUCUAGAUCUUAACCUUCCUAUAGAGGAGGCAGAAGAGAAAAACAAUUCUAUAGGAUAUGACAGUGAUGCCACCUCUGAAAGCACAGAAGCUUGGUUGGAAGAUUUCUUUGAUCAAGUCGAUGCGAAGGUGUAUUUCAAGCCGUUGAAUUUUGACUUGCUUGCUGCGAAAUUGACCAAGGACAUCAAUAUACGAUUUCAGCGAGCAAUGGGAUCUGAGGUAGUCCUUGAGAUUGAUGAUGAAGUCAUGAUAGAAAUACUUGCUGCCACGUGGUUAUCAAACAAGAAGAUGGCAAUAGAGUUUUGGAUUGAAGCUGUUCUGAGCAGAAACUUUGUUCAAUUUCAGCAGAAGUACCAUCCCAAACCUGGGUCUGUUGUGAAACUAGCUGUUUGUGAAGGUUGUCCUUUUCAAACAGAAUCUCCUGAAAUUUGCCUUCCCAUAAAAAUCAACAUGUAAGUGAUUCUAGCUAUUUUAUGCUGCUUCUUGUAAAAAAAAAAUGUAUACCGUAGGUCAUAGCAUCCAAAAAACGUCGUUUGGCCAUGUGUCCAAGGUUUAAAGGUUCAAAAGUUUGGGAAAAUGUGAAGAUAAAUAAAGACGACAAAGAGGCAACAUGUUAAUAAUUUUCUACGAACAGACUAAGGGACACAUUGCCAAACAACGCUGCAUGGGAUAAUAGUGUUUUUGUGUUACCAUUAGCUGCUGUAAAAGAAUAUGCAUAAUGCUCCUUUUUAGCAGAAAAUUAUUAACAUGUUGCCGUUUAGGUAUCUACA